GAUGCGCGCAUGCUUACGAGAGACCCCACACCACCCGACCCUCCUCAGCUGUCACUCAAGAGCGGACCACGGGUUCGGAUGCUGUACUUCCACGCGGUGGAAUCUCCAGAAAAAUAGGAACUGAGGACCAAAGCCACCCCGCCUCCCAGCCCAGCCCCUCCCCGGGAUCCGAGCGCUGCUCUGCGGUGAUCAACAGAUCGGCGAGUCGGGGUUCCGCGGAGGAUGUGUAGCGGGGAAGACAAUACCGGUCGGUGCAAGCAUGUGAGCGAGCCUGAUCGAAGCACAUGACGGACUCGUGGCUGCCGAUUUCGGCUGUAAUUGCAUGCUACCAGAGGUCGGUCCUGCUCCGGUGCAAAAAGGAAGAAGGUUCGGUUGACAGCGGCAACAUGACCCGAACAUCAUCACCAUCAUCCCGCACAGCUGUGACGGAACGGGCCCGCGGGGAUCGUGGCACCGCUUUUACGCAGCAAACCACAUAGUGACCACAUUGUGUCAACGAAGGCUGACAUGGACAAAAGAAGACGGGGGGCGUGAGGAAAGAAAUAGAGGGGAGAAAAUGAAACGAUAAGAAUUAAAGACUCGAGCAGAGAAAGUCCAGAAGAUCUUCAAGUUUGGACCGAGCCAAGUCCAAAAACCUCGUCCUCCUCCUUCUGGCUUCUUCCUGGAUCCUAAAGCAUAUUCACAGACUCGCACAGCGAGUCUGUGAGCAGGUGAGAGAGGGACACUGUCUGCCCCACUGUCCAGCGACACCAUGAGCUGGAGCUUCCUCACGCGGCUGCUGGAGGAGAUCCACAACCACUCCACCUUCGUGGGGAAGCUGUGGCUCACCGUGCUCAUCGUCUUCCGCAUCGUCCUCACGGCCGUCGGGGGAGAAUCGAUCUACUACGACGAGCAGAGCAAGUUCGUGUGCAACUCGGGGCAGCCGGGCUGCGAGAACGUCUGCUACGACGCCUUCGCCCCGCUCUCGCACGUGCGCUUUUGGGUCUUCCAGAUCAUCCUGGUGGCCAUGCCGUCCCUCAUGUACAUGGGCUACGCGGUCAAUAAGAUCGCACGACUGGAUGAAGCCAAGGGAGGAGCCGGUGCCGUGGCGGUGAGAACCCCCGGGGGAGGGGGCUACACGCACAGGAAGCCCAGGAAGAUCUGCUUCGGGGCACGGCAGCAUCGAGGCAUUGAAGAAACCGAGGAGGAUCACGAGGACGACCCCAUGAUCUACGAGGUCCCGGAGAUGGAGCCUCCCAAGAGGCCUCGCGAUCCGCUGCAACCCACACCCAGACCCAAGAUUCGGCACGACGGUCGCACGCGCAUCCGGGACGAGGGGUUGAUGCGGGUCUACGUUCUGCAGCUGGUGAGCCGCACGGUACUGGAGGCGGGCUUCCUCGCCGGUCAGUACUUUCUGUACGGCUUCCGCGUGAUGCCCGUCUUUGUGUGUUCGGGGAAGCCUUGCCCCCACAGCGUGGACUGCUUCGUGUCCCGGCCCACGGAGAAAACCAUCUUCCUGCGUAUCAUGUACGGCGUCACCAUCCUCUGCCUGACGCUCAACGUCUGGGAGAUGCUCCACUUGGGCAUCGGCACCAUCUGCGACAUUCUCCGCCGGCGCCGCUGCCCGCCUCCGGACGACGAGUACCAGCUGGGCUUGCUGGGCCCCAACGUGGGCAGCGAGGGCCCGGUCGGGGUCGCGGGACCGGAGGUGGGUUCCGAAGGCGAGGCGGGCGGCGACGGCCCCGCCGACUACGUGGGCUACCCUUUCUCCUGGAACACCCCGUCGGCGCCGCCAGGCUACAACAUCGUGGUGAAACCGGAGCAGAUGCCCUACACCGACCUGAGCAACGCCAAGAUGGCGUGCAAGCAGAACCGGGCAAACAUCGCCCAGGAGGAGCAGCAGCAGUUCGGCAGCAACGAGGACAACUUCCCCACCGGGGGCGAGGCCCGCGUGGCCCUCAACAAGGACAUGAUCCAGCAGGCCCACGAGCAGCUGGAAGCCGCCAUUCAGGCCUACAGCCAGCAGCACCGCGCCGAGGAGCAGCUCGGAGACAGCCAGGACGACAAACCCCAGAGUAACAUUAUCCAGACUCAGCCUCACAGGGAACGCAAGCACAGACUCAAGCACGCCAAGGGUGGCGGCAGCAGUGGCGGAGGCAGCAGCAGCAACAGCAGCAGCAGCAAAUCAGGAGAGGGAAAACCCUCCGUUUGGAUUUAACCGGACCGACCGGACUGAAAACCGCCAGUGCCUUAGAGGAGGGGUUCUUACAACUUUUGGGUCCAGGAAUCCAGGAAUUUUUCCGCCUUCUAAUCAUCAUGCAGGGGCGUCCAAAGUCCAGCCAUGUGUAUUUCUUUUUUUAAUCCGCUCACAUCAUUUACUAAGAAUAAAAAAAGUCUGUUUUUAACAAAAAGGCAGUGUUAAAAUUAUGCCUGCUGAAAAAGCCACAUACCUGUGGGUGGCACUAAUAAUAAUAAUAAUGAUACUAAUAAUAAUAAUAAUCUUUUAAAGACCAUAUCAUACACAAUGUGCUUCACACUGUUGAAAAUGUUUUGAAAAAUGUGUGCCCCUGGACCCAAAAAGUUAAAAAAACACAAACCCUGCCUUAGAGAAUCCUGCGAGCUGGACUUUUUUUUUUUUAUUGUGUGUGAGACGAUGCAGCUGAUGCUUUUGUCUGGGCUAUUGUUGUCAAACAUUUUUGACAACUAUUAGUGUCUCACUCCUCUAAAGUUGUCCUCAUUGUCUGCCUUUUCGAAGGGGAAAUUGUCCAAUGAGAACACAAACUCAACUCCGAUCCGAUUCCACUCCCCAUUUCAGAAUGCAAUAAAACCAUGGCCAGUGACUUUUCCUCGAGAAGUGACGGGAUCAGUGUUCCGUCCCCCCUUUAUAUGAAUUUAACAGUAUUUCUGUCUCGUAUGUCUUGUUUUCCUUCCGCUUCAUAUGUCCUUGAACAUGGUGCAUACUUUUCCAUACUUGCCAUACGCCUGGCAGCUGACUGCCCCCUGUCGACGGCUGUGGGUAUUGCAGUGCCAGUUUGCCAAUAGUCCCCGCUGCCUCCAGCAGCAGAUGGAUCUGAAGUCUUCCUGUUGGUCCGAGCUCAUGUGAAAUUCUUGAGAGGUUAAAGCCAUGAAAAAAAAACCACACACACAAUGAGACCAAACACUGUUUCGUGUCAUAUGUCAGUGCCAAGAUUUCAAACGUCGGAAUGCCGUGGCCAUGCUUGCUCCAAACGCCUGCGUUGGGACCAACCCUUUUGUAAAAGUCACCUGUCUUUCUUUUUUCUACAAUGUAUGUGUUGAAAUUUAAAGCAACGGUGACCACAAGAAGAAGCCGAGGUUUGUUUUUAUACGGAAUUAUGGCUUUUUCUUCUGCCCCAUCUUUUUUUGUAUAAUAGAGGAAAAAGUGCAGAAAAUGGAAAUAACUGUGUGAAUAUUUAUCGUUGUGAUUGAAAUUGCCUUCCAGUUGUAAAACAUAAAAGAAAAGGGGGGUGACAGUCUAUUUUUAUAAUAUAUAUGGAGAGGGAGAGAGGAAAAAAAAUGAGUUUUGCAAUGUUCCGGGGCUACAAGGGUACAAGUCACCCGCCCGGGUGCCACAUAGUGUCAGGAUGCCCCCAAACGAGUUUGUGUUUUCCCAGCUUAAAACGCUUGUGUGAAUGCAAAACAAAAGCAGCCAAGCAUGAACAGAUACGCCCGCCAACUGAGAUGUCUGAGAACUCGAGUCAAGUUUUGAAUAGAAGAAAGCAAAAGCUUAGAAUGCCGAUUCGCAGGUGAUGAUUUACAUCCUCUCCAAAGAAGACUGUGUAUUCAAGUACCAUGAAAAAUCUUCUGCUGACGUGGCGGCUUUAGAGUGCCUCGUUGUUGCGCCAUCAAAGAAAAGCCACACGUUCGCCAUUUUGAAGGCUCAUUUUAUAUAAUUACCGAUUUUUUUAAAUCAAAUUUGCCAGGGUUGAUGACAUCACACUUGUCUUCAGUGUCAAAUUAACUUUUCACUUUACAUGGACUUUAAUGCUCUGUGGAUGAAAUUAAAUUUUUUUUUUUUUAGAUUUGUCACCAUUUGAUCCCUGAAAUACCACAUUCGUGAGAACCAUCUUAAUAUUUCCACAGUAGGCCAGCGUCACGCUGCAUGCAUUUCAAUGCCGAAUCAGAUUAUACCGUUGGGUCGACUCAAGCAUGUGAUAUUUCAAGUCCUGCACCUGUUGCAAUUCUGUCGCAAUGAUGGAUUAGUCGAUGCAAGAGGCGCCAAGUGAUAAAAUCCCGGGAUUACCUUUUGUAUUUUACGUUUGACAGUUAUCGGAUGGAAGUUUUUAGUGACCGAGUCCAGCUGUCAAGUCAAACGAUGUGUGCUGUCAUGUGGCUGGGCUGCAUUCUUUCUCUUCAUGACAUGAAUACCGGAA